AACAAUGACAACAACAGUUAUCGAGUUGAAAAAGAAAAUUUAUUCAUCAAUAUUGUUUAUGACAAUGCUAUUCGUUUAUCGAAUGAAAAUUUAUUCAUACAAUGGCAACAACAAAUGUAUGGUGAAAAAUGUCAACCAAAUGAUAAUAAUCAUGAUGGUCAACAUAUCGAUUUACAUUAUUUUGAAUCAUCAUUAUUGAACUAUCGAUAUCCAUUGUUCAAAAUUUUUCCGGAAAAGAUUAAUGAGAUGAACGAAAAAAUUCUCAUUAUUUUUGAUGAAAAAAUUUCCGAUAAACAUUAUUAUGGAAAACUAUUAUUAAUGAAUCAUAAUCAUAUAGAUGUUCUUAUCAAUGGACAAAGUACAAUCAAUUGGCUUUGGAUGCAAUGGAUAGAUAGUAAUAUUUUGAUUGUAAAGAUUCCAGAUAAAUUUUUCGUUAAUCAAACACGAAAUGCAUCUUUUUCAUUGAACAUGGCAAUCAUUUUGAAUGGACAACAUAUUCUAGGCAGUAGAACAAUUCAAUAUGAAAAUGGAAUGUUGUCAUCUACAUUGGCCGAAAUUGAUAACAAGAAAAUAGAAACAACAAAAAUCAAAUCAUUAAUAAAACCAAACGACGAAUUGAUUUGUCAAACAUUUGGUGUUGAUACAAUUGAUCAGGUUGAUCAUGAUCUAUCUUCGUUAUUCGAUGUUGCUAUUUCAAACAAUGUUUUACAGAAUAAUAAUAAUAAUAAUCGACAAUGGCCAACAUGGUUUCAUCUAUGUGCAGCAUAUGGAUUAGAAAAACUAUUGAUGAAAUUGAUGGAAAAAUUGACAAAACAACAACUGAAUAAAGUAUUAUUUAUUCGAAAUUGUUCAGGUUUGACACCGAUGGAUUUAGCAUAUCAAAAUAAACAUACAAAUAUUAUUAUUGUCAGAAUCGAUAAUGUACAAAGUCAAUGA